CGACCACUGCGACAGUUGUCUGAUCUACGGAACAGUUGUGCCACUUGCGCCGUGGCGUGCGCGUCGUUGGGCGCUCACCAACGCCAACACAACGAAAAAGCAGAAAUCUAGGUGUCCUUUCUCCCGUAUAAAGUCUUUCGCGUGUGUCUGUGUGUGUCGGUGCCAUGCGGCUGUGGCUGUGGCUGCUGCCUCUUGUGGUGGCUUGUUGGCUGCCACUUGUGGCCCCAGAGCCUGCCUCGCCAUCGGCAACGGGCGGACAGCUGCGUCGACUUUGGCUGCAGGAUCACUGCCAUGCGGGUAUCUGCACAAAUGUGGAGAUUGGACGCAGUGACUAUGUGAUUCUGUCGCAGGCACCCAUCCCAAAUCAACUGAUGCUGACGUUCAUCAAUUCGAGCAUUGCCAAGAUACCGCAUCUGCUGUUUGACACAUUUCCGGAUCUGCAGAUGCUCCGCAUGGAGAACUGUUCGCUGGAGACAUUCGAGAAGCCGCAGUUCGAGGGCGCCAGCAAUCUGAUGAGCCUCUUUCUGGGCCUCAAUCGUCUCAAGGAUAUACCCAAGAACAUAUUCCUGGGAGCGGAUAAUCUGGCCACGUUGCAUCUCCAGGCGAAUCAGCUGAAACAUCUAUCGAAUCACAGUCUCCAUGCCCUCAAGGAGCUGAAGGAGCUCUCCCUGGCAGACAAUCUACUGGAACAGCUGCCCCUCGGGCUCUUUGGUGGCAUGCGAAAGCUAAUGGACCUAAAUCUGGCUGGCAAUCGCUUGGAGGCCCUGCCUCGUGGCAUCUUUGAUAAGAACUUGAAUCUAACGAGAAUCAAUCUGGCUCGCAAUCGCUUCACGGCCUUUGAGUCGGAACUGCUGAAGCUGCAGCCGCGUCUGUCCCUCCUCGACAUCUCGGGCAACAUUAUCCAGGAGCUAACGCUGAAUUUCAGUCUCCUGGAGCUGGCAGUGGCACACAGCUGCGAUCUGAGACGCCUAACAGUCUAUGGGAUAGUGCGGGAGCUGGAUUUGCACAACAAUUCGCUAAGAGAACUGCCCCACAUACCACAGGCCAUCAAUGUGACGAGCUUGGACUUGUCUCAGAAUCCCCUGGGCAACCUUCAAGGGAAUCCACUAAGGCGCUUCACAGCUCUGCUGCGACUCAAUCUCUCCACAACCAAUGCCCAUGAGCUGCCCGAGGGUGUACUGAAGAAGCAAACGAAUCUCCAGAUGCUCGACAUAUCAGGCAAUUCGAUAUACUCGCUGAAGAUCACACUCUUCGACAGUUUGAAGGCCCUGCAGUAUUUCUACUUUCAGCAGAACAACUGGAACUGCGAUUUUCUGCAGCUGUUGAUGAGUUCCUUUGUCAAGCGAAAGGAUCUCUCCUUCAUGGAGGACGUCACGGCACCCGAAUUGGUUGACGAUUAUGUGGACGGCAUUGCCUGUUGGUAUGAGAGCGAUAAAACUUCCAAAAAGUGCGAUGCCAGCAGCUCCGAUGCGGCCCUCGAGCUGUCUAUAGUGCGGAAUGAGAUCAAGGCCUUCACGGAGGUGGUGGAAAAGAAGUUCCUCAAGGUCUAUCGAAUGUUGGAGGAGAUGAAAAUGAAGCUAUAAAAAAUCAAACUAUAAUCUAUCAAUCUAUAAAAUAUCUAUCAAAUAUUUAAUCAACCCACCAAAUAUUCAAUCCAGUAUUUAAUCGCAUUAUAUAAACAUAAUUUAUUUGACACAACGACAAGCAAUGACAUGGCUAUUUUUAAGAGAUAAUGUUACAUAUUACAUAUACCACAAUAAAGUUCUUCUUUCGGGAAAUCUAGGGAAAACAAAA